UUGGGUCAAUAAGGACAUUCAAAGUUUACAACGUCUCUAAUUUUCAACAUAGUCGCGUGAUGUCGCCCGGUUUGCUGCAUCGACGAAACUUGGGGAAGUUUCUAAGUCCCGCGUUACGGGUCUAUAAGUGCACUCAUCGUUAUAUUAAUUGUUUGCAGGGCUCCUGCAUUGGGGUCAACUCUUCUUGGUUCGAAUGAUUUAUUCCUCCGCUCUACAUAUGAAAAAAUCAGAAAUAUUCGCGGUUUGAGGCGUCGGAUAACAAUUGAAAUUGAAACAAUCGCCGUUUCGCUAUCGUAAACGACUCAAAGGGGAUUCGUGGAUGAUCGAUAAAAAUGUUUCUUAGUACAUUCGAUACGCAAGUCAAAACGUUGAUCCUGUUCAAAACGAAUAUUUAAUACGAAUUCAGUUGAGAGAGGGAAGGGAACGAAUUAACCGCGCGUGUGUGUGUGUGACUACAGAAGUAAAACUUGGAGAGGAAUUUUUCUUAUCUCGAUAGACACGAGGAAACGAGAAAGAGAGAGAUAGAAGGAAAAUAAAAAAAGACGGAAACGAAAUAUGUCAGAGCUUGAAAUGCUGCAUGACGAAAAUUCGUUCGUCGUAACAAGCGUCCUGUGUUGAUUUGAUUUUUUCUCUUUCUCUUUUUUCCGUUCAUUAGUGUGCGCCACAAGCAUUAUUUUUAUACACUCGGUAGUAGAAAUCCCUGUUGGUGGUGGCCAACCGUGACUAGCAGUGUUUUGUUUCGUUGAUUAAACGAUCGAUGCUACGAUGUCUUGGCCCUCGUGUUUCACGAUCUGAAAAAGGGGUUUGUGGCUUUUCUUUUUUUUCUUCCCGUAAUUAUUGGUCUCGUUCAUUAGAGCGAUAUGUUUAGUUAAAUAACAUUAAACGUUAGAUCUCACGGUUACCCCGGCAAGACUGUCUGUAAGAAAUAAAGAAACUAUCCACAAAGGAGAAGAUAUUCGCAGACAAACAAGAAGUGAUUUACAAAGAUGGCAUCAUCUAUGGUGGCUGUUCCUUCUGGAACAGCUUCGGUUCCAGCUGGAGCUGGUAUCACUCAAAACGAAGAUGUGGAGAAUGGGAAUGUGUUUACUGAACGAAACAUAAACACUGUUACCAGCUGCAGCGAGACAUCCAAUCCUGGUGAUGCCUUGGAAGAAAUAAACUGUGGCUCAGGCGAAUCAGGUGAUCAGGAAUGUGCUAUUUGCAUGAGCAAACUUUGUUCUCCACGAGUGCUCUCUUGUCUUCAUGUGUUUUGCGAGGCUUGCCUGGAUAAGCUUCUGAUGGACGAGGCAGGUGACUCUAAAGUUAGCUCUGUCCUAAUCUGCCCGCUCUGUCAACAAGAAACUUCCAUUAGUUCUAAGGGUGCUGCGUCACUGACAUGCGAUUAUGUUCUAACGAAUAUACUUGACAUGUCCGCGAUUGAGAACAUGGCUGUACUCUGUACCUCGUGUAAAGCCAAAGAGAGUGCGGUUGCACGUUGCUCGGACUGUGCCAACUUCUUAUGUCCGAAUUGCAACACCGCACACCAGUUCAUGCGUUGUUUUGAAAGUCACAAGGUCAUGGCCUUUGAAGAUUUAAAGCAAUCCAACGAAGCUAUUCCAAUACAUAAACCUAUUUUUUGCGAAUAUCAUUCUGCUGAAAAUAUGAAAUUUUAUUGCUACACUUGCCAGGAACCUAUAUGCAACGAGUGUUUACUUAUUGAACACAAAGCUCCAGAGCAUCAGUAUGAAAGACUAGUGGAUGCAGAACCACGCCAGAAAGAAGAAUUAAUAAAAUUAAUGAAUGAGAGUAAAGCAAGAAUUGCAGACUGUGACCAAGUAUCUGCACAACUAGAAAAUGCACUUAGUGAACUACAAGCACAACAUGAUCAAGCUAAAGAUCUAAUUGUAGAGACAUUUCAGAGUUACAAGGCUGUUUUAGAGAAAUGUCGAGACAAUGCCCUGGUUGAGCUUGAAAAAUUACAUUCAGAUAGGGAAUUAGAAAUAAUGGACACGUUUCAUAGCGUUGAAAAGACAGUGGAGAAGAUAGAAGAUGCUUGUCGUUUUACCUCCAGACUUCUUGAGCAUGGUGAUGCUGUAGAGAUCCUCGCUCUUCGUCGUAUUGUAGGAACACAGUUAAUGAAUUUAAUAAAAAACACACCAAAGCCAAAUGUUACGUUUUCUAUUCAAUUUCAAACUGACUACAACCAGUUUGAGAAAGCACUGAAGGAAGUCUUUGGUAAAUUUCAUACGGAAAGCACACCAGUAACAAAAUCCACUCCAGAACCAAUUACAACUAUAUCAGGAGUUUCUGCGAACCAACAAGUUGUUCAUACUUCAAUGGGCUGUCCUCGUUCUAUUAGUACAAGGUCUCCUAUUUCCCUUCCUACAUCAAUGCAAUCCUCCUUUGAAGGUGACCCUUCAUUUGUUAUACCUCCAACAUCCAGCCCUCAAAAUAUUCCACCUCCACCACCUUCUGUAUCUCUUCCUCCAGGUCCUAUUCAUGGGCUUACUAGUAUUCAAGAAUACAAUCUACAGCAGUUAGCUAGUCUGGCGGAAAAAGUCGAAAUGGUUGGAGACACAAACGUAGUUGGGCCGAGUUCGAAUCCUAGUCCAACGCCGUCUUUCACUUUAGCAGAUUUAUUUGCCGGCGAUCUGAGUUCUACCAGCCAUGCAAUUAAUAAUUUGCAAGCUCUUGCAAAAUUAGGAAACACACUUGGUAAUCAAGAUCUUGGCAAUCCUACUAUUAAUGGUGGUAGUGGUCUAGUACUAGGGAGAGGUCCUUCACCAGCCAUUGUGGACACACCAAACUUGAGUCUAGCUGCUAACAGUCUUUUAAAUGGAGGAUUUCAAUCAUUAUCUUCAUCCACUUCCACCAUACUUUCACAGGGUGCUGAUGAUUUAAGAGGAGACUCCAUACAUAACAUGCCUGUAGUAGUAGGGAAUACAGUUGGCAAUGUAACUGGUUCCGGUUCUGGAAAUUAUACUCAUCCGCGUUCGAAUAACACAAAAUUAACUCCUAUGCAAAUUAGGUGUAAAUUUGGACAGUUAGGUCCCAGUAAAGGUCAAUUCAGUUCACCUCACGGAUUUUGUUUAAGUGCUGACGAAGAUAUUAUUGUUGCCGAUACGAAUAAUCACAGAAUUCAGAUAUUUGAUAAGACUGGCAUAUUCAAAUUCCAAUUUGGUGUUCCUGGUAAGGAAGAGGGCCAAUUAUGGUACCCUAGAAAGAUCGCCGUGAUGAAGAACAGUGGAAAAUUUGUUGUUUGUGAUCGAGGGAACGAACGAUCGAGGAUGCAGAUAUUUACAAAAAGUGGUCAUUUUAUCAAGAAAAUAGCAAUUCGUUACAUCGAUAUUGUAGCUGGCCUAGCUGUGACUAGCGAAGGCCAUAUUUUGGCUGUUGAUAGCGUAUCACCGACAGUGUUUGUAAUCAGCGAUACAGGAGAACUGUUAAACUGGUUCGAUUGCAGUGAAUAUAUGAGAGAACCAAGUGAUAUUGCAAUUAGUGGUAAAGAAUAUUUUGUUUGUGAUUUUAAGGGACAUUGUGUUGUGGUGUUUAACGAGGAGGGAAACUUUUUGCGUCGUAUUGGCUGUGACAAUGUAACAAACUUCCCAAAUGGGAUCGAUAUUAGCGAUGCAGGAGAUAUAUUAAUAGGAGACUCGCAUGGUAACCGUUUUCACGUGGCUGUUUUUUCAAGAGAUGGUUCCUUGAUUUCCGAGUUCGAAUGUCCAUACGUCAAGGUCUCUCGAUGUUGUGGCUUGAAAAUAACCUCAGAGGGGUAUAUCGUAACUCUGGCUAAAAAUAAUCACCACGUCCUCGUGUUGAACACUCUUUACAUAUCAUGAAGCGAAGAGGCAGACCAAAUAAGUAUGUCGUAACUUUCUUCAGCGAGGGGAAUUAUCUUGGUGAAUGUCGCUCUACUCUCAACGAAGAACAAAUCGAUUAAUACGAAGAAACAAACGAAAGAAAGAAGAAAAAUAUCCAAUAUGCCCGUGACAUUGAGUUCUUUGAGAUUUGGGCCUAUCCAAGCAAUAGAAUUACAAACGAGUGCAGCAUGCAGCUUUAAUAGUCUGUAUAAAAGAAAAAAAAAAAAAAAUGGAAAAACAAGUAUAAGUGCGUCCCUGUUUUAUGAAAGUAACAACGUUCGAAAGAAGAAAUAAAAAUAAAAAAAAAAUUAGGUAAACGUACGUCUCCGACCAAAAAACAGUAUAAAUAGUAAUUUAGCGAAGUUGCAUUUGGUAAACUGCCAAGAAAAAUUAACACGAUGAAGAAAAGGAAAGAAACACAGUUAGGCAAGGAGUAGCAGAGAGAGGAAAUUGGAAGAAAGCCGAAUUGGAUCGCUUCGACCGGAAAUGGAGGAGAAGAUGUGGAAGGAAAUUGCAGAACGGUAGCUUUCCGUCACAGUCGAUCACAUCAUCUUCGACUUCGUCAGUAUUUUAGGUAUGUUUAUAAAUCAAAUUAUUCUAGUCUCUAACGAGCACUGUUUUACACACUGAUUUUUCAAUCCGUACUCGAAGCAACGUGUAUUUUUAAUCUGGUGGUAUUACGAAAAUGUGUGAUAAAAGUGGCGACAAAGAACGAGUGGAAGGAAACGAGAAAUUAAUAAGACUUUUUCUUCCCUACGUUACUUCGAGAUCUAUUUGUAGAUACACUAAGUUUCUAAGAUUUCGUUAAGAAUCGUUAAGUAAUCUAAUAAGCAUGUUGAGAUACUAAAAGGUUACGGUUAUUAGAAGAAGUAAAUAAUAAUACAAAUUCCUGUGCUUAACGUUGCGGUGAAGACAAAUGUUGCAUGCUGCGACACAUGGUAGUACUUCCUGCUCUUAUCAUAUCAUAUCUCUAUUUAAAACAAACAAAUAAAAAAUGAAAAAAAAAUAAAACGAACAGAAAACACAUCCAGUACUCCUCGUUACGGCAGACACGAAGCUUAAACAAGAAAAAAGAACAAAAACUGAAAAAAAAAGGAAUAAUACGAGCUAUGUUCCUGGUAAUUCUUCUCCGUGCAUUUGAAAAUUAGUAGUUCAGAAAGAGUAAGAAAGAAAAAACGAAUUUUAUGGGGCAAUGUUAAAGUAGAGAGAGAGAGAGAGAAAGCAUAGAAUUACAGAUACGUUGAAAAUCAAACAUUUAAUUGUCUUGCGAGACGAGGAAUCGUACACGAAUUACAUUCGAGAAAAUAAAAAAUCGAAAAUAAUUAUUCUAGACUUGCCACUGAUAAUAGAUCCCGUUUGUGCAUUGUUAAAAGAAACAGAAAAAAAAAUAUAUAAUAGGCGAGGCACGUAAUGGUUACAAUAUUUACUCAGGAUGCUUUAUUAUGGUCCACCAUAUAAAUACAAUAUAUAUACAUAUAUAUGCGUGUGUGAAUUAUUGGUUCGUGGUGCUAGAGAAUAAUAAUAAUAUAUCCAUACCAUGUAAAUGUAUUUGUUACAAAAAUUACAGAAUCGUUCCGAGAUUUAACAAUGCUGUGGAAUGAUCAUGUAAUAUAUUAUACAAGGUUCAUAAGUAAAAAUUAUACCACCGGUAUCAUAGGAACAAUAUCUUUAUCUAUGUAUAAAAAGAUUAAAAAACGAAAAAAAAUUGAAAAAACAACGUACAGUUUGCUAAACAACUUCUAUUUAUGUAUAUAUAAUUAAACAUGAUCCGUAAGAAAAAAAAGAUGAAAAUCCAUGUAAAACACAUACAUAUAUAUAGAAAUACACAUAUUUUUUAGGGUUGUUUACAUGAUCAGCCUUAAGAUUUAAUUGAAACUAUAAAACAAAAAUAUAAAUGCAAUGUGUAUACAACAUAUAUAUAUAUAUACACAUAUAUAUGUAUAUAUACGGAUAUAUUUGGCAGAUCGCUAUAUAUUGUAUUAUAAUUACCUACAAUAACGAUUGAAUGUGAAUAACUAUCUUGCCAUACCAAAUGUUAGAAAGCACAUCCAUAUAUAUAUAUAUAUUUCUACUUGGAUAGCUUUGACAAAUUUGUUUUUCGCAUACAAAUUGGCUAUGCUAAAUAGAAUUGGUUUUAAAGGGAUGAAUGGCUAGUUAGUGAGGAAAGUGGGAGGAUAUGUCUAAAACCUCAAGGAGAACAGUACGAAAUUACAGAAACGCUAUAAUAGAGCUACUCAAAACAAAACAACAGAAAAAAAAAUAAUAAAUCUGCGCGUAACAUUUGUAGUAAAUUGCACGAAGCCUACGUACGUACACCUAAGCUAAUAAGUCGUAAUCAUCUUUUAUUAUUAGAAGUUUUAAUUUUAUAUAUAUUAAAGAAAAAAAAAGAAGUAAUUCUGAAGUAUUUAAUAGUCAUGGUUAGUAGAGUUAUAUAAAUAAUGCCUGUGAUAAUAGUAUCGUCAGGAUAAGUUGUGUCCUUACAGAGUCUUUGAUGUCGUUGCAAGGUAAAUAUUAUUAGAGGUACCGAAACGAAAUGUUGUUAGCGAGACGCCUUGUGGAAGGUGUAUUUCUGUUUAAUGCACAAUAACACCCGAUACAAAGCCAUCGAAUGGUCUCUAAUGGUAUGUAUGAAUUAUAUACACAAUACACAAUAUGAAUAUAAGAAAA